GUUAAAUGUGUUUCUCGCUUGGAAGGAAUAAGAAACAAAUUGUACGACUUCUCACUGUAGCAGAGAACAACGUUGGAACCCAGCCGUAAGAGCCUCCGACAGCCACCGACUUCUCACCGGAAAGCCACCAUCUCUCACUCUCUCAAUCACUGAUUCUACAAUGAAUUCGAGAAAAGGGGGUGCGAAGCCAUUCGUUGCUGGUACUACUGACUCGUCCAAGGAAAAUAGCAUAUCUGAGAUCUCUAACGUCAGCGUUGAUCGGUUGAACCAUGGUGUGGCAGACAUCAGCCUGGAUUUGGCACAAGCUGGAGUUCAGAAGCUGGGUAUACAGAGUAAUAGUGGAUCAGGAAAGGGUUCUGGCAGUAGCUUGCCAAUAGUGAAUGCUGAUUCCAAAAGACUACCUGGAAGAGGAUAUUCAAGACCCCAAUCAUCGAACAGAGGUAUUGAGAGCAACUACACUAGCCCAAUACCUGUAAUUUCUCCUGCAUUGCAGCACGGUUGGAAUUGGAAGUCCGCAGCUUCUACUCUGCCUUCAGAACGUGACCUGGAAAAAAAUGAGAUCAAUCCGAAUUCCCAUACUUUUGGUGUUAGUGAGAACAAGGUCAACAAGAUUGGGGAUGAUGAUGAUGAUUCAGAUGCUGUUGAUGAUACAGAUGAUGAACUUUUCGGUGAUGAUUGGGAUUCAGAUGUGAGCCAAAAAAGCCACGACACACGUAAGAGGAGCAGGUGGUUCAAUGCAUUUUUUGAUAUCUUGGAUAAAUUGACUGUUGAGCAGAUCCAUGAACUGGCAAGGCAGUGGCACUGCCCAGCCUGUCAAAAUGGGCCUGGUGCCAUCGAUUGGUAUCGAGGCCUGCAGCCCCUCACAACACAUGCCAAGACCAAAGGGUCAAACAGGGUGAAGCUCCACCGAGAAUUUGCAGAAGUUUUGGAGGAAGAGCUACACAGGAGGGGAACAUCGGUCAUACCAGCUGGUGAAGCAUAUGGCAAAUGGAAAGGUCUGGAUAAAACUGUCAAGGAUCAUGAAAUAGUUUGGCCUCCCAUGGUUGUCAUUAUGAAUACAAGACUUGAGAAGGAUGAUAGUGAUAAGUGGCUUGGCAUGGGAAAUCAAGAGCUUCUUGAUUACUUUAGCUCAUAUCGCGCUGUGAAGGCUAGGCGCUCCUAUGGUCCACAGGGGCACCAAGGGAUGAGUGUCUUGAUUUUUGAGGGCUCAGCAAUGGGUUAUUUAGAGGCUGAGCGUCUGGAUAAGCAUUUCAAGGAUAAAGGGACAGAUAGGGAGACUUGCGAUCCUCGUCGUGUUCCUUUCUAUCCUUGAGGGCAGCGCCAAUUAUAUGGUUACAUGGCAGAGAAAGGAGACAUGGUUAUAUUUCACCAGCAUUUUCAGGUCCUCGCUCUCCUGGCCUACACCUACAUUUGAUAAUUAAAUGCAUACUUUAUUUUUCUUUUGGAGAUACAAUAGUACUUCACUUCUUCUACUAAUUUCUUUUACAAUUAUGUUUUGUAUGCUGUGCAAUUGAUUAGGUAAAUCCAAACUCAAAUUUGAUAUGAGAUCAUACCUGGAGGUGGUCGUGAGCCAGAUGAAGCAAAUGAGUGAAGACAAUCAGCAGCUUGUCUGGUUCAAGAACAAAGUUGCCAAGGGACAGAGGCAUUCCAAAGCCCUCAAGGAUUCCCCAGCCCCAGGUAAUGGUUGCUUGCACUACUGCCUUGGGCAUUAUGUGGGUGUGUGCACUUUAAGAUAACUGUAGGUCGUGGUGUUUGUGACUCAAAUGAUAACUAUAAUAUGGACUGCAUCCCUCAAAACCUUUGGCCAAUGUUUUUGCUGGGUAGCUACUAUGAGUACUUUUCCCCAUCCAAAUUGUCUACUGUAUUUAUCCAAUUUCAUGUAAAUAAGUGAUCAAGUUACCACGGUUAGAUUACUGGAAUACCUUGUAGACUAUAUCCCAAGUCGGGUAGUAGAUGUUGCGAAUAUGCAUAACGGGGUCCAGAUUUAUUUUUGUUUCUCUUUCUGUUUCCUUUCCCUUCUCCCACUAACAUGAUCACAAUUUUGUUCUGACUAAUAUUGCACAUAUAUUUUCUGUUACAA